GCAGGCUGUGUAGGUGAGACCGGCUUGAGCGCCGCUGCAGGUAUGCAAACAGAGACUGACAGCGCCGGAUUGCGGUCUAACCACGACUUAAAACCACUCCUGGUCCCUGAAUGCGCACAUUACGGACGCUGACGCUCAUCUCUGCGGACGACACGCUCUCUCUGACGGACUGCGCUACACGAGGCUUUGGGUUUUUUUGGGGGGGGGUGUUUGUGGGAGUGGGCGUGACAUCAUAAAAAGACUGUCCCGGCGGAGAGGACGAAGGAGUAGCAAAACCAUGAAAUUUGAGGUUUUCUGUGGGAGUCACUAUGACAUGAGGUCCGCGGCGCUGGGCGGCGACGCGGGGGGCCGUGCGCGCUCCCCUCUCCGCGCCGAGGAGGAGCUGUGUUCGGACGGGGACUGCGUUGCGCACAGCCCCCCUCCACCUGUCGCGGCAAACGCCGACAGCAAGUGCAAGCCGUACACCCGCAGACCCAAGCCGCCGUACUCCUACAUCGCGCUCAUCGCCAUGGCCAUCCGGGACUCGGCCACGGGGCGUCUGACUUUAGCGGAGAUCAACGGCUACCUGAUGAAGAAGUUCCCCUUCUUCCGGGGCAGCUACACCGGCUGGAGGAACUCCGUCCGGCACAACUUGUCCCUCAACGACUGCUUCCUGAAAGUGCUCCGCGACCCGUCCAGGCAGUGGGGGAAGGACAACUACUGGAUGCUCAACCCCCAGAGCGAGUACACGUUCGCGGACGGGGUGUUCCGGCGACGGAGGAAGCGGAUCGGUCAAAAGACCGGCAAGGAGAGCGAGCUCUCCCGGUGCGCGGAGGACGCGCCGAGAACUGCGCCCCCCGGCCCCAAAACGGAGCCCGGCGCCAAGUUCACCAGCCCCUUCGCUAUAGACAGCAUCCUCAGCAGGCCUUUCAAGAGAGAGGGGAGGCGCGCGGGAGACCCCUCGCUCUUCUCCUCCGUCACGUGGCCGUGCUAUGCGGGCUUGCCGACGCCCGUGCUGUGUCCACCUGCCGCCUCGCUUCCUCCGCCCGUCGGCGUCGCUGCGAGCUCGUACGCGGAGCGCGUGCUGCUGCACCCGUACGGGGUCGGGCUCCUGCCCAGGGCCGGUCUUUGCAGAGACGGUCUUGCCGAGUCGAACUCGUCCUUUAAGACGACCCUUCGGGUCCCGCCGCCGCCCGCACUGAGAAUCUGCGACAUGUCGUGAUGGUCGGA